AUGACACGGUUCACCUGGGCAGGCGCCCUGCUCAGCCUCACUCCCUCAGCACCACGCUUGAUGCCGUCACAGCUGUUGAAGUACUCUUCUCUUACCACAUCGAUUUGCCAGAAAUUCAGUGAACUGCACGAGCGUGACCACAACGGACUUCUUCCCAGCCGUACCGACCUAGGACACCAGGCUCGACACCUUGAGCUGCUGACUGAGGCCAAGUCUAGGGGGAUAGGACGACAGAAGAGCAGGGUGUUCCGAACGUGCAUCCAUGAUGACGGCGAAGUCUCAGAUCGGCGCCUUAGCCGAUUGGAACUCGCCAAUUCUUCAGAAUGGGAUACGCGUUCAUUUCUCAGGGGGCAGGGGAAAUCCUUGAGUUCUUUAUCAGGCCUGUCUCAAAGCUCCAAAAAUGCCAUUCAUCUUGAGCUUCUUGGAGGACGAGCCAAAGACAGUGUCGAUCCUGGGCUAGCUUUGGGGAAGCGACGGGCAUCUUCGCCACCUUGUGAUGCUGCUCGUAGAUAUCGACCUGUAUUUUCUGAGCCCGUCGUCGACAUAGACGAAGACAGGGACAAAGAUGAGGAGGAUGAGGAUGAGGUCAUACGAUGCGUGUGUGGCUUGCAGGAGUUUCCGGGAGAAGCAGAUGCCAACGCCCUGUAUAUCCAGUGCGACAUUUGUAAGGUGUGGCAGCACGACAGGUGCGUUGGAAUUACAGGCGUAGCUUCGAGCCCUGAAGAGUACUUUUGCGAGGAGUGCAGGCCGGCCUUCCACGCGGCGGCUUCCCGUCAUUCCGAUGGCCUUGUUCAGACAAGGUUUCAUGCCCCAACACUGAACCCUCGCGCACCUCUCCACACGUCCCACGUCGCCGUCGUCGCCGUCCCCCACCGUCAACAAACAUCAAGGCCUACUUCUUCACCACCACUCCUGGGUGGCCAGGGCCCCGUCGGCCUCGGACAAGCAUUGUUCGAUGCUGCGGCUAAUAUUCCAAGUGACGAUUCGGAUAGCUCCUCCGAGGACGACAUUAUCCCUAGCAAUUCUCGAGUCGACUCCAUACUAGGCCCGCCUUUACCAGAUUCGGGAAGCAAAUUAUCCUCAUUCGUCUGCAACCUCUGCAACCGCCGCUUCCGCCGCCAGGAGCACCUUAAGCUCCACUACCGCUCUCUACACACGCGUGAGAACCACUUCGAGUGCUCUGAUUGCGGCAUGAAGUUUGCCCGCAGCGACAAUCUCUCCCAGCACCUGCGCACCUCCCAUGGCUCCGGCGCGGUCAUUACGGGCAUGUCUGACCACUCUAAGAUACAACAGCCAAUACUGUAUGCAUCCUCCAGCUCUACGACUGUUAACCCACCCACUGUCCCACGCGCUUUCCCGCCUACGAAGGGUUCUAUGUAUAUGCGCUACACCAUUUCACAAGAUGCUACAACCGCCGCGGGGAUCCAUAAGAUGUCGAGCAAUCCCGAUCCCCCGCCGCCCACUGCGCAUUCAACCGGACAUCACAUCAAGACCGGCGAGUUUAUGCAUAAUACAUCCUGCAAUGGAUCUACUCAGUUCGCCCGAAUCCGCCAUUGCGAUCUAAGAUUUACCGAAAUAUUCGUCCAACGACAGAAUACGAAAAUUACUAUGGAUAUUGAGUCCGCGACGAGGACCGCAGCCUACCCUGAGGUGAGCGUUGUAGGCCACGAAACCGCAACGUCCACAGACACGCCGAUAUCCCUGAGAGGAGAAGUAGCUGGGACCCCCAAAACCUUCACAUCAUUUGAUUUUCCAUCAAGGGAUAUAGCUUCCGGUGGCCUACCGCGUUUGAAGAGAUAUGGAACACCGCCAGUGCGCGAACUACUAAGAGGCCCACAGAGACGAGGCCGCGGGGGGAGAGUUCAUUUUGGAGUGCUUCGAGAACGGCAGAAGAACCCUAGACUUGCCUUGACGAAGAAGCGACGCGGCUCUUCACCGCCUUCUGGGGAUCCUAAAAGCAGCCGCCAGAUAAUUGGAUCUAUCAAUGGCUCCAAGCCGCCAUUCUAUCUGCCGAACUCGCUGGUUUACGCACCAAAUUCACCGGAAUACAACCCGAGUUCCCUGCAUGCAGCAGAUUAUCGCUGGAACCGACCAGCAGUGACGACCGCUAACGCUGUGGAUACAUUGCAACCUUUGGGGCAGUUAUAUGACUCGCUCGCCACGCCUCCUCACUUGCAAUACCAACAUGAUAGCGGCGUUCUAAACCAGGACGAAAUUUUCCACCCUAAGUCCCAGCCGUCGGGCGUGCUCUUCGGCCAGGUUGCUCAAAGUGCCGAUUUCAGUAUGCAACCUGAGCAUCAACAGAAUAUUCGGAAUGAGUGGGAUAAUACCCCCAACAGCGCCCAUUCUUGGAUCGAUUCACCUCCGGUAUUCCAGCGUAAACGGCGACCAAAAUUCGUCCUAGGCGGCUCGUCUGAUGAAUCAACUUCUGAGUCCGAUAACGAGUGGUCUACUUCUGACACGCAUGGGGAGAAAGAUAAAAAAUCGAAGGACGGUACAGCCGGAGCACGAAACCAGGAACCGGCGCUGUACAUGUCUUACACUAUUUCGCGAGAUACUACAAACCCCUCAGGCACCCAGAAUGCGGAGAAGUUCCUCGCGAUCAAAGACCGUCAAUCGGUUCUACCUUCCAAAUCCGUGCUCAAGGAUUGGCGUACCUCGCCCGUUCAUUCCCCGAUUGCCAAAGGUCCAUGGACACAUCCAACAAGCACCGUUGGCCUCGCCGCACGAAGGCAUGCCCCAGCACAUGCCAGACUCCUCAUCUCCUCGCUACAUAGCAGUGCCACAGCGCACGCCCACUGGGGCUACGAACAACGCGAACCCCUCGAGGAUCCCCACAGCUCUUGA